AUGGAGCCCAGUCACAUCUUCCCUGUUUUCCCCCGUAAUGGGAGCACUGGGAGCCUGGGGCAGAAUCCCUCCGAGGUCGCCUGGGGAUGCCCCCUCGGACCACUACCUGUCAUCUAUUACAGCGUCCUGCUCUGUCUUGGCCUGCCGGCUAACAUCCUGACAGUGGUUAUCCUGUCCCAGCUGGUGCUGCGUCGUCAGAAGUCCUCCUACAACUAUCUCUUGGCUCUGGCUGCCGCCGACAUUCUAGUUCUGCUCCUCAUUGUUUUUGUUGACUUCAUUUUAGAAGAUUUUAUUUUGACUUCAUCGCUGCCACCAUUGUUAAACAGCACUGUGCAAGUCCUGGAGUUCUCCUCCAUCCACACCUCCAUCUGGAUAACAGUGCCUCUCACCAUUGACCGCUACAUCGCUGUUUGCCACCCUCUUCGCUACCACACCGUCUCCUACCCAGCCAGAACGCGCAAGGUGAUAUUUGCUGUGUAUAUUGGGUGUUUGCUCUCUGCAGCACCUUAUUAUUGGUGGCCUGAGCUCUGGCAUAGCCUACCUGGUGUUGGAAAUGCUGAUGAAGGAGGCGGCGGAGAGAGCAACAGAAGAACUGUGGCCCAGCAUGUCCUUGUGUGGGUACACUGUGCCACAGUCUACUUCCUGCCCUGCACAGUUUUCUUUUCCCUGAACACAGUCAUUGUGCAGAAACUUCGCAAGCGUCGUAACUGCUUCAGACUGCGUGGAUAUUCGACUGGAAAGACCACCGCCAUUCUUCUCGCCAUCACGUCAGUUUUUGCAGUUUUAUGGGCACCACGCACCCUCAUGAUCCUCUACCACUUCUACUCACCUCCACCGGCUUCACAAAGUGCUGUCCGUCUGCUCCACAUGCUCACCGACAUAGCAAAUAUGCUUGCACUGCUCAACACUGGCGUCAACUUCUUUCUAUACUGCUUCAUAAGCAAGCGUUUCCGAGGCAUGGCAGCCAAUGUGCUGCGAGCACUGGUCCACUGCCGGAAGCAGUCGCAACCAUUUUAUGCCAGCCACAAUUUCUCCAUCACAAGCAGUCCAUGGAUUUCACCAGCCAACUCCCACUGCAUCAAGAUGUUCGUGUACCAGUAUGACAAAAAUGGGAAGCCCAUCUGUAUCUCUUCCUGAAUCCACCAGCAUCCCC